UUAGGCUGCGAGUGAGAGUAGACUGGGGAGGGGUAAUUGAACAGCGGCAAUGGCUCUUCGAUCGCUCUUCGGCAGCCUCAGACGAAAAUGCAGUCAAAACCCUCCAUUUCGGCCUCUUUAUUUAGAGGAGAAAGGACUAUGGAGAUCGCUCUCUUCGGGCGCCUUGACCAGCGAAGAGUUCGAAGAAUCUCCAUCUCCUACGGGAGAUCUGAAGAGUUGGAUCUUCAAGCUCAGAUUUCCCAAGAGAAGCGCCACGGCUGCUAUUCAGAAAUGGAUUGGCGAAGGGAAUAAAGUCACCCUUUCUGAGCUUAGACAAAUCUCCAAAGACCUCAGGAAAUCUCAACGUUACAAGCACGCCCUCGAGAUUCUGACAUGGAUGGAAGCUCAAAAAAGCUUCCGAAUGCAAAUGUCAGCAACUGAGUAUGCCAUCAGAUUGGAGUUGACAAUCAAAGUGUAUGGUUUAUCAGAGGCUGAAGAGUAUUUUAAGAAUAUCCCCAACAGGACUGCACAGAGAGCAGCAUGUCUCCCAAUCCUUCAUUCUUAUGUGAAAGAAAGGGCCACUGAUAAAGCUGAGGCUCUCAUGUUAAAGAUUCAUGACUUGGGUUUGACUGUGAGCCCUCAGCCAUACACCGAGAUGAUGAAGCUGUAUAUGGCUACAUGUCAGUUUGAAAAAGUAGCAAACGUGAUCCAACAGAUGAAGCAGAACAGGAUACCACUUAAUAUUCUCUCUUACAACCUCUGGAUGAAUUCAUGCAGUGAAAUGUCAGGUGUUGCAUCAGCGGAGAUGGUGUUCAAGGAAAUGAUGAAUGACAAGAAUGUGAAAGUGGGUUGGAGCACUUACUCUACCUUGGCCAACAUCUAUAUAAAAUUUGGCCUGGUUGAUAAUGCCAUUCUGGCCCUCAGGACUGCAGAACAGAAGUUAUCAACAUGUAACCGUCUUGGUUAUUUCUUCCUCAUUACACUUUAUGCUGCUUUAAACAACAAGGAAGGAGUUCUCCGGCUCUGGGAAGCCAGUAAAGCUGUAGGGGGGAAAAUGACUUGUGCCAACUACAUGUGCAUAAUUCUGUGUUUGGUGAAGGUUAAUGAUAUUCAAGAAGCUGAGAGAGUCUUCAGGUCAUGGGAGUCGGAGUGCGGGAAGUAUGACAUCAGAGUUUCCAAUGUCCUUCUUGGUGCCUACAUGAGGAAAGGCUGGAUGGAAAAAGCUGAAUCACUGCAUCAGCACACUUUGGAGAAAGGUGGUUCUCCAAAUUAUAAGACAUGGGAGAUUCUCAUGGAGGGAUGGGUGAAAAACCAACAAAUGGAUCAAGCCAUUACUGCCAUGAAGAAAGGGUUUGCUAUGUUGAAGCAUUGUCAUUGGCGUCCAUCACCUGCAAUCAUAAUGUCUAUUGCAGAUUACUUUGAGGAACAUGGGAAUCUAGAGGAUGCAAAGAGGUAUGUGAAGGUUCUCCAGAAGUUGGGUCUUGUUACUUUGCCAUUGUACAAGUCGUUGCUCAGAGUGCAUAUUCGAACUGGGAAACCAGCUCCAAAAAUCCUUGUGAUGAUGGAAAAGAAUAAAAUUGAAACAGAUGGGGAGGCUUCUGAACUUAUUAGAUGUGUCAAUAAGAUCCCUAUCGAAGAUUAACCUUAGUGGUGUUGCACUGAAACUAACAGGGGACUUACAGACGUCCCUGGGUAGAUUGUACGAUGUGGAGUAACGCUAGUGAGAGAAUUGAGGAUGAUGUUAAUUACUAAUACCAGAAGAUAGAAGCAAAAGUUCAUACACUGUUUUAACACGAAAAGAUAUUUUGUUGGAAUUUAAUUGAAGAAACUUGGAACAUUUGUAUAUUCUCAAUUGAGAAGGUUGGAUUGGAGGAUAUCUGAGCAAUACCUUAGCAAUGUGUCUUACCAGAAGGUUUGAUUGCUUUAUGAACUCU